UUCACCUUUGUCAAUCUUGGGCAUUGAUAUCUCUGAUCUGUUUCUUCUUAUACCACUUCCUCUAAUCUUGAAUAAAAUUUUCUCGGUUUUUUGUCCUCAUUUGCUAUCGCACUUCAGCGCGACUCCCUCUGACUAUGCCUCCCAGACCGGGAGCGAUUGGCGACGUCAGCAACGACGACUACGUCGCGCAGGUCCUCGCAAACGAAGCACGGGAUAAUUCCAAGAAAUACGCCUUGGAGGGAUUAGGAGCAUACAUGCCUAAGAAGUUUGUUACUCUUUAAUGGUCUUCAAAUGGUUCAGGCUGUUAAUGAGGAUGAAUGCGACAGACCGUCAGGCGCAGCUCCGAAACCAAAUACACGAUUCUUACGACAUAUCAUCCGAGAAACGGACAACCAUAACACAGCAUUGAAGCGAAAGGAGGAGAGGGAGGCUAGGGAGCGAAUGCGCCAAUUACGAGAGCAACAGGCUGCUUCUUCGACAUCGCGCGAUACAAGAAGACACCGUAGGGACAGGGACCGUGAAUCCGGCGAUCAAGGCGGAGAACGAGAGAGAAAGGAUAACCGGGAAAGAGAACAUCGUCGGAGAAGACAUAGGAGUCGGUCCGCAACAAAAGGUAAAGAACGGGAUCGCUCGCGAAAACACAGGCGGGGACAUGAAUCGGAGUCUGAGAGCUCUAAGUACCGACGAAGAGACCGUGACGACGAUGAGCACGAUUACUCGAGACGGCAUCGGUCGCAUUCUCGCUCGAGAAGCCGGUCACCGCGAGGUGAACGGGAACGUAAUCUCCGAAGUAUUAGGCGGCGUCAUGGACGAUCGUAUCAUUCUAGGUCUCCAGAACGCUCUGAGGGGGAGUACAAAGAGGGCAGUGGUAGCCGAGAUGGACAGCGCGGCUCCCGUGAGCACCGGUCUACUCACAGGUCCGGCCAACAUUCGAGAAGAUUAUCUCCACCUCCGACAAAAGAACGGGAUCAAGCACCAGAUCACGACUCAGAUCCAUUGGAGGACCUGGUAGGACCGCUGCCACAAAGAGACGGUGCUGAGGCACCCAUGCGCUCUCGCGGACGAGGCGCCUACAAGUCCAGUCAUAGUAACAUCGACGCCCAUUUUGCGAAAGACUACGACCCAACGCUUGACGUCCACCCGGAUGACGAUGACCCAUAUUUCGGAAAUAUAUCUACACGCCGACGAGUACCAGGGCUCAUGACCGAAGACGAUGACUGGGAACUCGCCCUCGAGGCCCUCCGGGACCGGACUCGCUGGAAACAAAAGGGAGAGGAGAGGUUACGACAGGCUGGGUUCAGCGAGUCUACGGUGGACCGGUGGAAGAACAAUGCUGCUUUUACAGGAGGGAAUACAGAGGGCAGUAUCGAGGACGUGAAAUGGUCGAAGAAAGGCGAGGGACGUGAAUGGGAUCGGGGGAAGGUCUUUGAUGAGGAUGGGCAUGUUGAUAUUAGGGCGCCUUGGUAGGCUUUCUGUCGAUUAUGGCGCCCAGUUCUUGGCACCUUGCGUAGCAUAGAUCAUUCAUAUACCAACAUUAUCAUCUCAGUUCCC